AGGAUGCUCUAGGAACACUUGGGGGAACAGUCUUUUCUCCCAUAAUACAAUUCUUUGGAUGCAAUGAGUGGAAUGAACAGACAGGCAGCACAAAAACACCUGUCUCACUUCCAAUCUUAACCUUACUUUUUUGACAGGGGAUAAGAUAUCUAGGAAUCUUUUCGCAAGAAUAUAUAUUAACGACAGUCUUCAUUAAAGCACACACAAUAUUUUGCAUCAGUUCUUCCCCGGCCUGUUAACGCUCUUCAUUCCGGUGUCCGCUCCCUCUCACCUCCAUCCCACAUCCAGUCCAUCACUUCCCGCCUCCUUAGUGGGUGUUCUGCUGCCCUCACAGCACAGGUCUCGAUGGGAAAAUCAACCUUCGUUUCCUUGGUCACCUGCCUCCUCCGUUAGUGAAUUUCGUGAAAGCAGAGGUGCCGCCCGCUCAGCUCCACGCUCGGUUCUUAGGACCCAGUUUCGCGUCUAGCGCUUGAAAGGAUAGAGUCUCCAUACUAUUUCGGGGGGAUGGCGUGCUCCACAGAUCCACUACGGCCCACCCUCACGACUAGAGCCGCGAGCCCUCAACCGUGAUUUCUCACUUCCACGCCCUGGGCGAACUCUCCGCGCGGAGGACUAAAGCGCUCUGCGCAGGCGCGCCUCUGGCCCCGCCCACGUUGGCGUCAUCACGGCCGUUACGGCGACCUGGCGUCUCGGCGCGCAAUUUAAAACCAGCUCUGGCGACGCGGAGGACAAGAUGAGACCUCCCUGCUCUGCCACAAUGAAGAACUCUCCUUCAGGGCCCCGUGGACGCCACCACAGCACUGCCUCACCUGCAGAGUGGGCGUUCCCCACGGCCCUGCCCCGGAAGGCCCCUCUCAACACUCCUGGCACCCCAGUCCUUGAAGACUUCCCUCAGAAUGAUGAUGAGAAGGAGAAGCUGCAGCGGAGGCGCUCCAGGGUCUUUGACCUGCAGUUCAGCACAGACUCCCCACGUUUGCUGGCCUCCCCCUCCGGCAGGAAUGUUGAAAUUUCAGCUACGAUGCCCAAGUUUACAAACACACAGAUUACUGAACAUUAUUCCACCUGUAUCAAACUGUCUACUGAAAAUAAAAUCACCACCAAGAAUGCUUUCGGCUUGCACUUGAUUGAUUUUAUGUCAGAGAUUCUUAAACAGAAAGAUGCGGAACCGACCAACUUUAAAGUAGCUGCCGGCACUUUGGAUGCCAGCACCAAGAUCUACGCUGUGCGGGUAGAUGCCGUCCAUGCCGAUGUAUACAAAGUCCUGGGGGGGCUGGGCAAGGACGCGCCACCUCUGGAGGACGCGGAGGGCCAUGUUGCAGAUGGAAGUGCAACUGAAACAGGAACUGCCAAGAAGGUCCCAAAGCCAAGGAAGAAGCACUCGUGCAAAACCAUCGAGCAGAAUGUAAACAACCUCAAUGUCUCCAGCGCGGAUCGAAAGUGCGAGGUCGACCCCAUGUUCCAGAAGACGGCAGCCUCGUUUGACGAGUGUAGCACAGCAGGCGUGUUUCUCUCCACCCUCCACUGCCCAGACUACAGGAGCGAGCUGCUGUUCCCUGCCGACAUCCAGACCCUCUCCAGCGGGGAGCCUCCCGAGCUGCCGGAUUUGGGCUGGGUGGAAAUGACCGACUUAAAAGCGGCCCUGCAGCAGUGUGCGGAAGAUCGCCAAAUCUGCCCUUCCCUGGCCGGCUUCCAGUUCACCAAAUGGGACAGUGAAGCACAUAAUGAGUCAGUGUCAGCCCUGGUGGACAAGUUUAAGAAGAACGAUCAGGUGUUUGACCUCGAUGCCGAGGUGGAGGACAGUGACUGCGAGGACUUCCCCAACGGGCCCCUGGAGGAUGACUUUGAUGCCAAUGAUGAAGCAGACCAGACCGAAGCUGGGGAUCACACCAAGCUCAGGAGCUGGAAGGAGCCCUGCCAGGUUCAAAGCUGCCAAGACGAAGUGAUUCCCCUCGGGGACGGAGACAUUUGGACCUUGUGUCCCCUUCUGUCCAUGAAACCUGGAGAGUAUUCCUACUUUAGCCCCCGCACCAUGUCGAUGUGGGCUGGCCCGGAUCACUGGCGCUUUAGACCUCGACUUAAACGUGGCACUGCCCCACAAUCAGAGCACAGAAAGAAGAGAUCAAAGGACUUUAAAAUUGACUUUAACGAUGAUAUUGACUUUGAUGUACAUUUUCAAAAAACAAAGGCUGUUACUGUUCUGACCAAGUUCACAUUGGAGAACCAGAAUUGGAGAGCCACCACUCUUCCUACAGAUUUCCAGUAUGAGACUGAAAAUCUGGUCCAGCUGCAUCUCAAACCAGGCACCAGGUUACUGAAGGUGGCCCAAGGUCAGAAGGCAGGGACCGAGCAUUGUGAAGAAAUUGGAAACUACGAUUACAACAACCCUAACGACACCUCCAACUUCUGCCCUGGGUUACAGGCCGCUGACAGCGAUUAUGAAGAGUCUGAUGACUUAUUUGAGGGACCAGGUGGAACCCUUGACCAUUCUGACCAUCCACCUGCGACAACACAAGACAACCACGAGGCAUCUGAAGUCCACGGGUCGGACAUCACCACUUACAGGGAGUCAAAUCUGGUAGCUGAGCCUCAGAAGGUAAAUAAAAUUGAAAUUCAGUAUGCCAAGACUGCCAAAAAGAUGGACAUGAAGAAGUUGAAGCAGAGCAUGUGGAGUCUGCUGACGGAGGCCCCCAAGCAGGCAGAUGCCGAGGUAAACCACAGUGAGGAUGGAGAAGCAGGACCCCUUGAGGAGGGGGCUGACAAGAAACUCAGCAGUCUCACAAAGGACCUGCAGAAGAGCCUGCCUCCCCUUAUGGCUCAGAACCUCUCCAUACCUCUGGCCUUUGCGUGUCUCCUACAUUUAGCCAAUGAAAAGAAUCUGAAGCUGGAAGGAACCAAGGAUCUUUCGGAUGUUCUGGUGUGGCAGGAGGACUGAGCUCGUGGGGCGCUCCUCACUCCCAGUGACCAGGAUGCCCACACUUGGGGCUGAGAUGCCAGGGGUUCGAGGCGAGGCUGCCGCGGCUGCCUUCUCCCAGCGCACCUUCUCCCCUUCACUGUCUGUGAACCAGCUCCCUGACCAACUCUGUCCUUGAUCCAAAUUUUCUGUUCUGUGGUGACCACCUAGGAGGGAAGAGAGAGCAAGGAUACCGCCCCUGAUUACGGAAACAGUGUCAGCUCUUCAUAUGCAUGUAGUUUGUCUCCUCCAUUGCUCUGUUCUCCAUACUUUAUUCUUGUAGAAAAGAAUUCCCCAGUAGGACUUGUCCUUUAAUAGCUACCAAAACCUUGUAUAUAAAGCAUAUAUACACCAUAUAUAUGCUUAUGAAUGUGUAUAUAAGCUUAAAAAUAAAAUCCUUUGAGUAAUUUGUUUGA